GGAUGGGAUGGGAUGGGAUGGGUAUGUUUCCGGCUUCCCAUUGUUGCUUUAGGCAUUAGGGGGUCUCCCUCUUCCUGCAGUUCAGAUUAGCUUGGCCAGUUCCUCUGAAGAAUAACUGUGAAGAAAUUUCCUUCUCCCCAUUUUAGGAGAUGGCAAACUAAGGAUGUGAUCACCAUUGUCCAACUAGAAAGUUUUUUUAUUAUUAUUAUUAUUUUCCUAACCUCCCUGGUUUUGUUCUUCUUCCAAUUACAAGGUGGAUGGAAGCAGGCUGAGAUGAGUCAGCUUGGACCAGUUUUGCUAAUCCAGCUCUCCUGCUGAGAGAGGUCAGCUCUGCUCUGUAUGCUAGAAAACUCAGCCUCGGCAGCAAAGGGGGAUAUGUUGAACUGGAGUCAAGGGGUUGGUUUGCAUCUUGGAGGCAAACUUUCUGGUCUCCCAUUUAGCACCCCAGAAAAGGUAUGCCUCAGAAAAGGUAUGCCAUCUCAGGUGCUGAGUGUGGUGCUCCGACCUGGGUGAUGGUUAUGGAUGGGAAUGUCACUAGGACAUUCUGUGCCAGCUACGGUAAACAGAAGUAGUGGAAAGGGUCUCUUACAAAAUAAGGUCUGUCCUUUCACCAUCUUUAGGACAGUUCCCCAGUUGAUUGUGCUUUUUGUUUAUUGGUUUAUGGUCCUCCUUAGAUGUCCCACCUCUGGCACCAGGGCUGCCCUCUGCAUUUCUCCAGGCCACUUCUGGUGCUUUUCACAGACAAGAAUCAGAGAUGGUGAAUAUUCUUAGGAAAACAGUUUAACUCAUUUUGAAACCAAGCAAGAGCUAACCAGCAAGGACUUGGCCCAGGGGUCCCUAUUGACUCAGAGUUUCCCACUCCUCUCUGGCCCAGGUUCUCUGAAGGAUGGAAUCCGGCUCCCUGAGGAGCAAAGUCCCAGCUUUCUUAUCAGACCUGGGGAAAGCAACCUUGAGAGGCAUUAGGAAAUGCCCCCGAUGCGGCACCUACAACGGCACUCGUGGGCUGAGCUGCAAAAACAAGACCUGUGGCACCGUCUUCCGCUACGGCUCAAGGAAGCAGGCCGGCGUCGACGCGGUCAAAAUCGUCACCGGCUCAGACCUCCAGGUCUACUCCGUGCGGCAGAGGGACAGGGGGCCCGAGUACCGGUGCUUUGUGGAGCUGGGCGUCUCGGAGACCACCAUCCAGACCGUGGACGGGACCAUCAUCACCCAGCUCAGCUCUGGGCGCUGCUACCUCCCGGCCUGCUUGAAGGCGACCACCCAAGGGGUCGUGGAAAACCAGUGCCAGCACCUGAAGCUGGCUGCGAGCUGCCAGACAGAGGCCACCCCUCUGGCCCUGAAGAGCUCCGUCUUGAAUGCCAUGCAGGCCUCGCCCCAGACCAAGCAGACCCUCUGGGAGCUGGCCACUGAGCCCACCGGGCCCCUGGUCCAGAGGAUUACCAAGGGCGUCAUGGUGGUGAAGUGCAAGGCCAGCCCGAAGCAUAGCUUGGGCUACCUCCAUAUCACCUUUGCUCACAGGGCUGGCCACAAGCAGCCGGCAGGGCACCACUUUUUCUGCCCUUGCCAGUCCUUGAAGCCCAGCAAGGGCACCUCUGCCCCAGAAGAGGGCGGCCAGAAAUGUAUCCACUUCUUUGCCUGCCUCUGCGCCUUCGCCAGUGACGAGGCCUUGGCCCAGGAGUUUGCAGAUUUCCUCAGCGAGGAUUCUGGCGGUCUGAAGUCGACGGCGGGAGCCCCACUGGCUUGCCAGCCAGAAUCCACCCUGCCCUCGGGGGACUCCGUGGCCUCCAAGGUGAAGCGGAAGAAGAAGGAUGAAGGGUCAGGCACGCAAGCCGGCAGCCCCCUCUCAUCUCAAGACCUGGCAAACAACCCCUUGCAGAAAAGCGGACUGAAAAAGGCACCUGCUGCAUCGCUGAAGAGGCAAACUGGCAGCCAGAUGCUCGAUGAGUCCCAGGUGGCCUUGUCCUUCCAAGAAUGGCUGGCCAGCGUCACGGAGCGGAUCCACCAAGCCAUGCAUUACCAGUUUGAUGGCAAACCAGAGCCCCUCGUCUUUCACAUCCCACAGACCUUCUUCGAGGCUCUCCAGCAGAGGAUCUGCAUUGGGAGCAUCAAGAUGCGACUUCCCAAUUCAACGACAGCCUUUGUCCGCAAAGAUGCCUUACCAUUGGGCACCUUUUCUAAAUAUACGUGGCACAUUACCAACAUCUUGCAGGUCAAGCAGAUCUUUGACACGGUUGAGAUGCCCCUGGAAAUAACCCGCAGCUUUAUCCAGAACCGGGACGGCACCUAUGAGCCCUUCAGGUGUCCCAAAGUAGAGGUGGAGAGCAUCGCAGAGAGCUAUGGGCGCCUGGAGAAGCAGCCCGUUCUUCGGCCCCUGGAGCUGAAAACCUUCUUGAAAGUUGGCAACACGUCCCCCGACCAAAAGGAGCCAACGCCGUUCAUCAUCGAGUGGAUCCCAGACAUCCUCCCCCAGUCCAGAAUCGGCGAACUGAGGAUCAAGUUUGAGUAUGGCCACUACAGGAACGGUCAUCCAGCGGACUACCAGGAGCAGCGGCCUUCCCUGGAGCAAGCCCUGGAGCUCAUGCCGCUCACCACCAUCACCUUCCCUUGACCGCCUGGCGUGUCCCUCUGCACAGCUUGGCUCGCCCAAGCCCGCUUCAUAGCUAGCCGGCCCUUUCUGCUCCCUACCAGCCACUGGCCAGAAGAGCUGCAAUUCGGUGUGACUUUGCUAUAAACGACCCCCGUCUGUCCUCAAGAAAAACCAUCUUCUUCAGUUGCAACGUGUGACCUUCCUUUCCACCCGGAACUGCUGUGUUCCCACCACCUGUUCCGGCAGCUCAAAGGGCCAGAUUGCCGGAUGCUGCUAUCCCUUUGUUGGCGUAUUUUACAGUAUAUUUUUAAAAUAAAUAAAAUUAAAGCCAUGCCAA